CUCUCUAUCUCUUCUUCUUCUCUCUCCCUCUUUCACUCAUACACACAUUUACAUACACACACACACACAAUCGCACACACUCACACACUGAAAAAACGUACCGCUGUUGCCAUGAGGUCAUUGCCUUGCGUCCUCUUGUUCCGGAGAGAGAGCGGACGCUUAUCUGGUCAAGUGGCUGCCUCCGUCAUCCCGAUAAGCGCUAUCUUUCAGGGAGAACUCCUAGCCUCUCUCGCCUCGCCCUCGCUGAACAGUCCUGCGUAAGAAUCGGCUGAACUCAGUGUUACUUCCAUAGAGGUGAAUAUCAUGUCACAGAGCGUAGUGCUUCACGCCCUUCUGAACCUCGUUUUCUCGUCAAACUUCACCCAAGACACAACGUUCCCACCAGAAACCCUGGGAGAUUGCCACGGAGUCCUAGGCUGUUUCCCCGUGGGCGUGCCGCCAUGGGUGGGUCCAGAACGCCCCGUCUCGCUGCCGCCCUCACGGAUCACGCCCACAUUCUGCUUGCACACGCCCGCGCGCCCAGACUGUCAUGUGAUAGAAGCCGAUGACUUUGUGGGAAUCUACAGCUCCGGCCUCGACGCUUCUGCGCCGCUUUAUGUCCUUACCCAUGGCUACCUGGAAUCGGCGCGACUCAGAUGGAUGCAGGAGAUGGUGACGUCGCUCCUGAGGUCCUCCCCUAAAGUGGGCGUGGUCACCGUCGACUGGGCGAGGGCAGCCCCUCCCCCUUACGCCCAAGCAGUGGCCAACAUCAGACUAGUGGGCGCUGCGACAGGCUACUUGCUCCACGUCCUGGCGGAGUUCUGUGACGUCAACCUGAGGUCAGUGCAUCUGAUUGGGCAUAGCCUGGGUGCUCACCUCAUGGGCUACGCAGGCCAAUAUGUCAAGACGGUCCGAAAUGAGAAGGUCGGCCGCAUUACGGGCCUGGACCCCGCCGGCCCGUACUUCACCAAGACGCCGCCAGAGGUCCGACUCGACCCGACAGACGCCGCCUUCGUGGACGUUAUUCACACCGACAUGCCGAGCGAAGGCUGGGAAAUAAGCAAGUUAGGCCAUCCAGAGCCGCUCGGCCACGUGGACUUCUACCCCAACGGCGGGUCGCUCCAAGCAGGCUGCCAGGGGUCCGUCCACAGCCACAUAGAAAACAACCGGAGCGUGGCGGAGGGGGUCCUCUCUUACAUAGGCUGCAACCACCAGAGAUCUCAUGAAUACUUUACCGAGUCCGUUAAUUCUAGGUGUGGCUUCCUAGGCGUCGCGUGCGAGUCCUGGGAGGCGUACCUUAACGGCUCCUGCUGGGGCUGCGCGCAGGAGCAGGAGAAGAGAGAGCGAUGCCUAACCAUGGGCUUCUCUGCCACGCCCUUGGCACUCUCCCCUCAACCUGGGACGCCUCGUCCUGGCACUCCUCAGCCAGCCGUUAAGGAAAACAGUGACAGCAGCAGUAACAUGAGGACCCCCAAUAGGACACAGGGAGAGAGCAGAGCCAAUGACUCCGCAAGUGAAGCAAGAGUGCCUCACGCGACGGAAGUGCCAGCGACAGUGCCAGAGUUCCCGGUGAAGGUGUUCCUUGGCACCGGCAGUCAGAAGCCUUUUUGUGCUGAGCAAUAUCGCAUAACAGUGAUUACGUCAUCGGCCAGCGCCAAGGCCAGCUCCGACGGCGACCUCGCCCGCUUCACCGUGGGACUGCAUGGCCGGGAGGGUGUGCAAACCCUCCCUGCGCCGGAGAGACCCACCUUCGUGGAAGCCGGCGCCCGCCUCUCCUGGGUCAGUUUCUCCCCGCCCGUCGGCCGCAUCCUGAGUCUGCGCGUUUUCUACGAGGAAGAAAACGGAGUGCUGCACUCGCUCAUCUGGAGGUUCAGCAAGCCGCACCUCUUCGUCGAGGCGUUCACUGUCGAGGAGCUGUCGACAGGAACGGUAACCCGCUUCCCCGUCUGCGGCGAGAGGAUGGAGGCGGGGCGCUCACACACCCUCUACCCCGACCGCCAGUGCCCGCCAGCGUCGCUUGCUCGAGAAGAGGAGGCAAACAUGUAGCGCAAAUCACCAUCAUAAUCACCAAAUCUUUCUCUCUCUCUCUCUACACUCACACAUAUUAUUUACACAUAUAUAUGUGUGAACAUGUGUGUGUGUGUGUGUGU